UUUUCCACUUCACUUCCUUGUUCUUCAAGUAACCAUACAUACCAUGGCAGCUUCAAUCUCGUUGACUUUCCAUUCCUCGGAAUCCACACCAUCCCAUUAUUCUACUUUUUCUCUUCACCUGGAUUCCCUCCUUUUAACACCUUUGCGUGUUCUUCAAAAAGGUUCAACCUUUUCUCACGUUCAUACCAUGAAUCACCCUUUACUAUAGAGUAGGCGCAGUUCUUUCAUUUCCCAGAGACAUUUUUUCAGCUUUUAUCAGAUUUUCUUCAUCUGGGUGUUUGUCAUUUAGUUCAAGUUUGCUUCUUUUGUUGAUGAUCACGCUUUGGAUAUUGUGCAUAAACAGUUUAUGAUAUGUCGUCUGAUUUUAAGUUAGUCAUUGCUACUGAUCAUGACUCUGAAGAGCCCGAGUUAGGCAACACUAUAGGUUCAAACAUAUCACUAGAUGAAAAGGGUAAGGCGGUGCACACAACUUUCAAUGGAAUUCGUGACCAAGGAAAUUUUUCGCCAAAGAACUAUGUAACAAAUGCAGAGCGAAGAGCUUUGUAUGAUAGAUUUCUAAAAGGAAAUAAAGCUACAGCUGGUGAUAAUGGCAGUGUUCAUGUGGAUGAGGAGGAAAGGCAUCAAUUGCAUGGGUCAGCUAAGAAUAAGCCUGUACCACUUAUCUCCGGAACAGCUUAUUGUAUUUCAUCUUGCAGCAUGAUAAUGCUGAAUAAAAUUGUUUUAUCAAGUUAUAAUUUCAAUGCAGGAAUAUCAUUGAUGUUUUAUCAAAACUUGAUCAGUACUCUGGUUGUUGUUUUAUUGGCUCUAUGUGGCAGAGUUUCAGUUGAAAAGCUCAACUGGAGGCUUGUUCGAGUCUGGUUGCCGGUAAAUGUGAUAUUUAUUGCGAUGCUUGUCUCAGGCAUGUAUAGUUUGAAAUACAUAAACAUCGCAAUGGUGACAAUUCUCAAGAAUGUGACCAAUAUCAUAACAGCAGUUGGAGAAUUAUAUUUAUUCCGUAAACGUCAGAGUUCCAAAGUUUGGACCGCAAUGUUUGUGAUGAUUAUCUCUGCUGUCAGUGGAGGUAUUACAGAUCUCUCCUUUGAUGCAGUCGGUUAUGCCUGGCAGAUUAUGAAUUGCGUUCUUACUGCAAGUUAUUCGCUCACUCUCAGGUGGGUCAUGGACGAAGCAAAAAAGUCGACAAAAUCUGGUUCUCUUAAUGAAGUGUCAAUGGUGUUGCUCAACAAUUUAUUGUCUUUACCUUUUGCAAUCAUCAUGAUAUUCAUAUUCGGCGAGUGGGAUUAUGUAAUACAUGCCGACGUAGUUAAACUGCCGGCAUUUUGGGCUGUCGCAACAGCUAGUGGAUUAAUUGGACUUUCUAUCAGCUUUACCUCAAUGUGGUUCUUACAUCAAACUAGCCCUACAACAUACAGUCUUGUAGGUUCCUUAAACAAGAUUCCAAUCUCUAUUGCUGGCAUUAUAGUGUUCAAUGUUCCUCUGAGUAUAUCAAAUUUAUUCAGCAUUUUAUUUGGUCUCUUUGCUGGUAUAUUAUUUGCAAGAGCAAAGAUGUCUUAAACCAGAAGCAAUCGUAUUCAUAGUAAUAACCAAUGAAAUGUAAGAGUUAAUACAUGAAUGAUAACUAUAUAGGUUUUUGUUUGAUCAAUGCAAAUUCAAACUCUUAUUUUAACGGAUGAUCCUAAAAUCUGGAAUAAGUAGUAUAGGGUACACCUGCAAGGGAAGUAUCAGCUAUAAAGGUUUACUUUCAUACAGUAUAUUGGAACUUGGAAGCAGAGUUGCUGAGCAGGCAAGACAGUUCCUUGUGAACAAUAUCAACAUAUUUUGUCCGAGUUUUAUGUCAUAUUUUGUUGUUAUAUUUGUAUUACACACAUAAAAUACACACCAAAUAUAAUACUUGAAUGUUUUUGUAUUAGACACAGGAAUGUAUAAUACCUGAAUAUAUAAACUUUUUUGAGGAUGAGGAA